AUGAACAAUCUGAAGCAAAUGGCAGGAACAAAAUUCUAUUUCGUCGAUGGCGCUCAAACCAACAGAGCGGCCAAGAAGCUGGCCCGGAGCCAUGUCAUGAUGGGCAAGAAUGCUGGCAAGAAAUUCCACCGGCGAUCGAGGCUCCAACUCGCACCGCCAAGGGUCAAUGCCGGUGAACGAGCAAUCAUCUUGCGGCGGGAUCUGGACAAAUCGCAAAAAGAGUUCCAUUACAGCGAUGAAGAAUACGCUAAGCUUAUGGCCAUCAUGGAAUAUCCUCGCAAUGCAAUAUUGGCAGGUCUGCCGGUGAACAUCACGAAUCAUUCAAUGGAAAUAAUGAACGAGUAUUUUACCCGCAUCAUGAAUAGGUUGUAUCGCUUUAAUCCAUGGCUUUCAAUGGAUGAGGUUAGGAGAAUGUGGCUCCCUCUCAUUUUUGCCAAUCAACCGGCUUACCAUUGCAACAUCGCCUUAAUGCAAACGUGCAACGAGAUUUACUCCGACAAUGGAGACUCCUCGCCCAAAGCAUUAUACCAUUUAUCAGAGACGUUCAAUUAUGUUACGAAUCUACUUGCCGGCCCCAAUGCCCUAUCAGAUGCUGCAAUCAUGAUCGUGGUGACUCUUGUCAGUCAAGAGCUGAUCAGAAAGGGAUACGGGAACCUCAGAGUCCAUCUCGACGGCCUGCAGAGAAUGAUUCAGCUUCGUGGUGGCUUGCCCAAACUUGAAGGAAGUGUUGGACUAUUAAUGAAACUAUGCAAAGUGGACAUUAUGCUUGCAAUUCAGCAUGGUGGGCCGCCCUUAUUCUUCAGAGAUAGCAUGGCGAAAGUACGAGAUAUCCUGGCGCGGAAAAAGAUAGACUUCAAUGUCAAUGCUGCCAGAUUGUGCCCGCAGCACGAUUUGCUAGAACCAUAUCUUCACGACAUAUUGGCGGAUAUGAUGGGGGCGACGUCGCUGUUCAACAAUGGUGUGAAACUCGAUUUGGAAACUCUUCAAGAGAUGAUAUUCUCGAUCGGAUAUCGCCUCACAAAGUUCCGCCCUUUAGAAGAAGAACGAAGGCUAUGGCAGCUACAAGACGCCUAUCACACCGGCCUGACAAUAUUGACAAUGACUAUCUUUCUACAUGGUGGACGCCGCCAAAUCUUGGACUACGAGCGCUUAGAUUGUCGAUUGAAGGACAUCCUUGACAGUGAUCUAGAAGAUUACCAUCCUGAACUCGCCCUCUGGCUUUUAAUUCUUGGUGGUGUUUGGGUGUCAGAUGGCUACGAUGAGCACUGGCUUCCACCAAUGAUACGGCCAAUGGCAAUGAGACUUAAUAUUCACAACUGGGAUGAAGCAUACACCAUCCUUGGUCGUUUCCCCUGGAUUCACGCCCUGCACGAUGGCCCAGGCCAUGCAUUAUGGGAUCAAGCACAUUAA